CAGGUUGAUAUUGCUGACAGUUGACGUACAACUUCUGCUGGAAUCAGACGUCAAAUUUAAAGUGAAGUUCGAGUGAGAAGUUAUUUACUGGUUACUGUAACAAGUUUUUCAUUAUGGGUUGUAAGUUGAUUUUCCUAUUUUUCUAUCUUGGAACGUAUUCUGCAACCAUCGCAGAGUUGGUGAGUGAAGGACGCCCUACCAAGCAGAUUUCUGUGGGAUGGGAUGGAUGUCCAGGAAGAGCAGUUGAUGGCAACACUGAUACGAACUACGGAAAGAAGUCCUGCUCACACACUCAGAAAGGAGUUAACAAUUGGUGGAUGGUGGAUCUAGGAAGGUCCUACAGGAUUGCCUAUGUGAGAAUUUACAAUCGAGAAGAUUGCUGCAAGGAACGAUUGGCUGGCGCCCAGGUUCGUGUAGGACCUAACUUUAAUGGUAUGCUGACUAAUACCGAAUGUGGAACGCCUAUAACUGAUGCAGAAAUCAAUGCCGGGGACGUGAUAGACCGAGUGUGCAGUAUUAAUGGACAGUACGUUAGUAUCUCGCUACCGACCGACAACUACCUGACACUUUGUGAGGUCCAGGUGUUUACACCAGACUUGUUGAGUGCCGGACGUCCUGCUAAGCAGAGUUCUAUUGGAUGGGAUGGAGUCCCGGGAAGAGCAGUUGAUGGAAAUACUGACACCAACUACGGACAAAAAAGCUGUACACACACUCAGAAUGAAGCUGAAAAUUGGUGGAUGGUAGAUCUAGAAAAAACUUCCUUGAUUUAUGGUGUGAAAAUUUACAAUCGAGAAGGUUGUGACUUAGAUUCUGGAUCAAAAAGAGGUGUAGGAUUUCUACCGUUGAAUGUGUCGCACCUUCAUUUUAUUCUACAAUCCCUCAAUAUGUUUCCUUUCUUCAAACGUCUUACUUAG